AUGGCAGCCAAGUAUAUAAUUGCUUCUUUAGCCGGAUCAUUUGCAAUUGCAUUUGCCUGUGACCAUUUGAUUGCCGACAAGAAGAUUUUUGGAGGUACUACGCCACAUACUGUAGCAAACAAGGAAUGGUGGGAAGAGACCGAUAAAAAGUUUCAGGCAUGGCCUCGCACUGCUGGUCCUCCAGUGGUCAUGAACCCCAUCAGCCGCCAAAAUUUCAUCGUGAAGUCCAGUGCUGAAUGA